GAGCUAGAGAUAGGGUCCGAAACCGAAAACCUCUGACCAUUACGGACAUUUUCUUUUCAAGUUUUGAGAUCCAUAUUAAGCUGCUUCUGCAUAUGGCAUGGGGACGCAUUUUUAAGAAACCGAUGAGCACUGUUUUCCAAACGACGUCGUUUAAGUUGCCACGAUGAGAAGCAUCAACAUCGAUCACAGAAGUCCAGAAUGGUCCUCCAUCUACAUGCACGGUACAAUGCAGCUCUUAGCUGCUCAUCUCAUCGCUUCUGAAAUUGAGAAAUUCAGUGCAAUGUUCUUGGGGAAAAUUAAGGAGUAGGCGAGGGCCUUUGAUUUUUAUAUUCUUGAUAGUUUAGGCUUCCCCUCCCUUGAGCAUAGUUGAUGGUGAAAUAAGGGUUUAUCUAGGGAAAUCAUGGACCUGGGGUGUUGUUGAUGCUAGUGGGUAUGGGUUUGUGUGUGUUGACAGUAAAAGAGAGAGCCGAGAUCGAAGAAAAGAGGCUACUUUAUUUUUGGCUUGAAGGCUUAGUUUCUUAUGGGUCACAGGCCUACCGGGCCGAUUGCCAGACGUUCAUCGGAAGGUGUCUCUUCCAAGUUCCAACGUUAAAACAAAAGCAAAAGGAAGAAAAAACCGAAAGAAAGAAAGAAAGAGAAGAAACAAUGAAGAAUGCUGCCUUCAAUCUUGACAAAAACACAACAAAACCAUCAUCAUGGAUCAAGAAAAAACAAACACAACCUCUCAAAUCUCCGCUUUCUCUCUUACUAAUUCUCUCUCUCUUCCUCUUUAUUUUCCUUUUCAUCUCCUUCUUUAAAAUAACCCCCAAUUCACUUUUCUCCAAAACCAUUACAAAUAAUCCUCUAAUCUCGCAAUGCACCAAAUUCCAAACCCUAGCCCUAGGAGAGAAGUUCCUAUGGUAUGCACCACACAGUGGGUUCAGCAACCAGUUAUCAGAGUUCAAGAAUGGGAUUUUAAUGGCUGGGAUUUUGAAUAGAACCUUAAUUGUGCCUCCUGUUCUUGAUCACCACGCUGUUGCUCUUGGUAGUUGCCCUAAAUUUAGGGUUUUGGGACCUAAAGAGAUUAGGGUUUCAGUUUGGGAUCACGUUCUUGACCUUGUUAAGACUGGCAGGUAUGUCUCUAUGGCCGAUAUCAUUGAUAUUUCGUCUCUGGUACCUUCUUCCAUUCAAGCGAUAGAUUUCAGGGUUUUUGCAUCGCAAUGGUGCAAUGUGAAAAUGGAUUUCACCUGUUCAAAUGAUUUAAAUGCUCAGUCUUCUUUGUUUGAUAGCCUCAACCUGUGUGGAUCUAUACUGUCCGGGAUUGAUGGUAAUGUAGACAAGUGUUUAUAUGCUGUAGAUGAAGAUUGCAGAACCACUGUUUGGACUUAUAAGAAUGGUGACGAGGACAGAGUGUUUGAUUCAUUUCAACCUGAUGAACAGCUAAAGAAGAAAAAGAAAAUUUCAUAUGUUAGGAGACGCCAGGAUGUAUACAAGAGCCUUGGACCUGGUUCUGAAGCUGGAUCAGCCACUGUCCUCGCAUUUGGAAGUCUUUUCACUGCUCCAUACAAAGGUUCGGAGCUCCAUAUUGAUAUCCAUGAAGCACGAAGGGAUCAAAGGAUACAAUCUUUGAUUGACAACAGUGAAUUUCUUCCUUUUGUCCCUGAAAUCCUAAAUGCAGGGAAGAAGUUUGCUUUAGAGACCAUAAAGGCUCCUUUUCUUUGCGCGCAGCUCAGGUUGUUGGAUGGACAGUUUAAGAACCACUGGAAGGCUACAUUUCAGGGCUUAAAACAAAAGCUAGAAGUUUUAAAGCAGAGUGGAUCUAAACCUAUACAUAUUUUUGUAAUGACUGAUCUUCCUCAAGGUAAUUGGACCGGAAGUUUCUUGGGGGACAUGGCUAGUGAGGUUAACCAUUUUAAGCUAUACUUUUUGAGAGAAGAAGAUGAGUUGGUCAAGAAAACAGCAAAGAAUCUUGCGGUUGCUGGGCAUGGCCUGAGGUUUGGAUCUGUUCCGAGGAGUCAUAAUGGAGAGAGCAAGAUGAAGAUGAAUUGUCCACAUCAGAGGUUAAUCGACAUACUUUUGUACAUAGAGAAAAGUGUUUGUAGCUGUGCUUCCCUUGGUUUUGUUGGGACUGCUGGGUCAACUAUUGCCGAGAGUAUAGAGUUGAUGAGGAAAUCUGAUGUAUGUUCUAAGUCCUAGUCUAACUGCAACAUGACAGUUGGUCCUGGUUGUUAGAUUGAUGUAUGCCUGGGAUGGGUUUCUUUUGAUCCCAGUUGACAGCAUCGCAAGCGUGAUGAAUCUGAGUUUCCGCAUGUAUAUUUUUCAGCAAAACAAGUGUUGGUGCCAAUCUUAUGCAACCUUGUUCUAUCCUAUGAUUCUCAGCGACCCAAAGUGCAUGCAAGAGUAGAACCUUUUUGUCUAUGAAGAUUCAACUCCUACACGGGAAGGAUUUUUCUGCAUUCCAUUUCAAUUAUGCCGGUUUAAUUUCUAUAUUGCUUUCAGAAAAGAGAGUCAUCCAUAAAUGUAAGGAGGCGCUUGAAAAUUUUGAUAGGUAGUUUUACUGCGCUGAGAUCAAUUGUAAUUGUAACUUAAGAAUGCAAGUCGGAUAGUUUAAUAAACACAGAGGGUUCUUCGUA